CUGGGCUCACUCCCGCUUCCGGUGUCAUGGCGGCCUGAGGUCCCGGGAGUCGGUGCGGGCGCUGCGGGCCCCUCCCUGCGGAGCGGCGGAUCCGGGCGGGGAUGUGACGGCGGGCGCCGCGGGCCUUCCUGGCGCGUCGUGUCGGCUCGCGUGUCCUCGCCCCAGCCCGCACCAUGGCGGGGUCCGGCUGCGCGUGGGGCGCCGAGCCGCCGCGCUUCCUGGAGGCCUUCGGGCGGCUGUGGCAGGUACAGAGCCGCCUGGGCAGCGGCUCAUCGGCCUCGGUGUAUCGGGUGCGCUGCUGCGGCACCCCGGGCUCGCCCCCCGGAGCCCUCAAGCAGUUCCUGCCUCCGGGAACCACCGGGGCUGCGGCCUCGGCCGCGGAGUAUGGUUUCCGCAAAGAGAGGGCGGCGCUGGAGCAGUUGCAGGGUCACAGGAACAUCGUGACUUUGUAUGGAGUCUUUACCAUACACUUCUCUCCAAAUGUGCCAUCACGCUGUCUGUUGCUUGAACUCCUGGAUGUCAGUGUUUCGGAAUUGCUUUUAUAUUCUAGUCACCAGGGUUGCUCCAUGUGGAUGAUACAGCAUUGUGCCCGAGAUGUUCUGGAGGCCCUUGCUUUUCUUCACCACGAGGGCUAUGUCCAUGCAGACCUCAAACCACGAAACAUACUGUGGAGUGCCGAGAAUGAAUGCUUUAAGCUUAUUGACUUUGGACUUAGCUUCAAAGAAGGCAAUCAGGAUGUGAAGUAUAUUCAGACAGACGGGUAUCGCGCUCCAGAAGCAGAACUGCAAAACUGCUUGGCCCAGGCUGGCCUGCAGAGUGAUACAGAAUGUACCUCAGCUGUUGAUCUGUGGAGCCUUGGAAUCAUUUUACUGGAAAUGUUCUCAGGAAUGAAACUGAAACAUACAGUCAGAUCUCAGGAAUGGAAGGCAAACAGUUCUGCUAUUAUUGAUCAUAUAUUUGCCAGUAAAGCAGUGGUGAAUGCCGCAAUUCCAGCCUAUCACCUCAGAGACCUUAUCAAAAGCAUGCUUCAUGAUGACCCAAGCAGAAGGAUCCCUGCUGAGAUGGCAUUGUGCAGCCCAUUCUUUAGCAUUCCUUUUGCCCCUCAUAUUGAAGAUCUGGUGAUGCUUCCAACUCCAGUGCUCAGACUCCUCAAUGUGCUGGACGAUGAUUAUCUUGAAAAUGAAGAUGAAUAUGAAGAUGUUGUAGAAGAUGUCAAAGAGGAGUGUCAGAAAUAUGGACCAGUGGUUUCUCUGCUUGUUCCAAAGGAAAAUCCUGGCAGAGGACAAGUCUUUGUUGAGUAUGCAAACGCUGGUGAUUCCAAAGCUGCUCAGAAGCUGCUGACUGGGAGGAUGUUUGACGGAAAGUUUGUUGUGGCUACAUUCUACCCGCUGAGUGCCUACAAGAGGGGAUACCUGUAUCAAACCUUGCUUUAAUCAUAACCUAAGGACUAGUUCCUGUUUCUCCUCUUCCAUUUCUUGGAUUAUUAUAUUCCACAGCUGAAUGCAGGAGCACCCCUUUACCCAUUUUAAAGGGUACCUUGUACAUUUAUUUAAUCCUACUAAUGUGCAGCCAUUGCCCACACAGUGACUGCAUUGCAAAUAUUGGCACUGAGUAGGACAAGACCUCUCAGCUAUACAUUGAGGGGUUAGAGCACCCAUGUGGGCACCCUUUAUUUGUGCAGUAGGGCAGGUGCUGCUCUUUAUUGUGUAACCUAAAAAAGAUGUCAUUUCAUGUGAUGAUGAAGCAAAGAUGAGUCAUUUGUCAUAGUGAGUAUUAUUAACAAAUUUGUUAGGGUUGGUGACACCACAGAUGAUUUGUUUGUAUUGUCAGGUGUUAUUGUUAUUCUAGCUGGCACUGGAUGCUCUAAUGUUAAGUCAUUGUCAAGCAGCAGUUACCUACCGUGUUCUUAACAAUGAGUUGUGAAUUUUUCUAAAGGAGUACUGUAGGACUUAAUAUUCCUCUGAAGAAACUGCAGUGAGCCUAUCAACGUUUUUAAAAUUACUAUUACGGCUUUUAAAAUAGAAAGCUGAUGCUUGAUCUUGCACAAUUUUUAUGUCUAGUAUGUGUGCUUGAGUGGGUGUGCAGGUGUGAAAGAAUAGAGAAAUCUGAGUCAGUGUACUUUAUAGUGUGAGUCUUGUGAUCUAAUAUAGUCUAUAACCAUUUCUUCCUACCUGUUUCACACUUGUGAGACUUGAGAUAGGGGUUUCUUGAAAGUCGGUCUGACUGAUAGAAUGUAAAUGACUGAGCAGUUCAUUCCCACAAAGUGCAGAACAAACUGGAGUCUAGACCGGGUUACACUGAAACUCUUCAAAGUAACUGGAACAAAGAAGGUUUCGGUACGUGUAAAUGACCCUGUUCUUCAGUCUGCUUUAGAUGCAAGAUUGACUCGUCUGUUUUGUACUGAACCUCUUGUGAUAAUUGUAGAAUUCCUUCAGGUGUGAGUUUCUUCAGUUAUAGUGGAAAAUUGAAGUGGGUCAGAAAGAAAAGUUGGUUGUGCAGUGAAGGGAGAACAGUGUGAAGAAGGUAGCUGGCUAAUCACGGAUCCUUUUCCCCGCGCCCUCCCUGCUGCCUACCACCGCCAUCCCCUCCCCCUUUGCCCCUCUGCAGCUGGGGGCAGUGUCCAGUCAUCUGGCUUUUGACUGGAAGGGAGUAAAGAAAGGUUGGGGUGUUACGAGGUGGAAGUA